AUGAGACGGGCAUCCAAAGGCCAUGGCCCACCACCUGUCCAGCAAAGAAGGCUUGUCAGUACAAAACGUGUCCAUGGGCAAGUACUGGAUUGGCAUGGCAGCUUUGGUUGGAUUCAGGCCCUGCAGCCCGUGGAGCAUCCUGAAGCUCACAGGAAUCAAGGCCGCAUCUACAUGGCCGGCGGGGACGUACAGGAAGAGCUUUCCGGCAUCGGUGCAGAUGUCACUUUCUUCCUGUACCAAGAUGCUAAUGGUCUGGGCGCUAUGAAUGUGCGAGCAGCGAAGCCUGAUGCCGCCAGCCGGCUAACUGCGCCUGUUCAGCACAAGGGCGGAUAUGGACACGCGACUGGUGCAGCAGGCCGACUCCAGUGGAAUGCCUCGUCAAACCAACCAACGGCUAAAACCCCGCGGUUAACUCCGAAAGGUUAUGGUGGUGGCUAUGCGCCGGUCACCCGUGGAUCGGUAGAGCCUCAUGACAGAGUGUUGGAGCGUGUCCACACUGCUUUACACAAAUCAGUCAACAAGGCGACCAAGAAGAUCGCUGACCAAGAAAAGGACUGGGAUCAAGCCGAGCUCUGCAAGCGCAUUGUCCGGUACUUGUAUAAAGGAGCUCAAGCCCCCGAGCUGCUGACACUCCAUUGGCAUCAGGCGGCCGAGCAAUUCGUGGACACGGCCAUGCAAGGCUUCACUGCCUCCUGUGGAGACAAGCCUUGGUUCUUUGAGAUGGAUCUGACCUCGGCUUUCGGUAUGGCUUUCUGGGAGAUCCUUUCGGGGAGCGGGCAGCGUGCGCAGUGGUCAGAGGUGGAGGCGGUCCUCAACAGCAAGUACGAGCAGUUGAUGGAUCUAAGUCUGCUUGAAAAGGCCAUGUGGGACUCCGCAGGUGCUUUGAUUCCAGACCAGGAGCCGCUUCGGAAUAAGUUGUACAAGGCACUGAAGGCUGGCCAUGGGAUUGCCCUCAAGGAAGCAACGGAAGCUCCAAGGAUGGGAGACCUGCAGCGUGUCGAGCUCUUCACCAAGGCUUGGGUAGACAGCGCCAUCAACAAGUCCUACUCUGUGCUGGAGCAGGCGGAGGGCAACCUGAUGAAUGAGGACAGCGUUGUCCAGCUCUUCCAAGAGCUGGUGGCACCUUUUGGAGAGGAGCACCCGUUUUCCUGUAUUCCUGCCGUGCUCACGCAAAGCAUUGGUCGUCCACCAAAAGACUGGGACUUUCUGCAGGAGGUUGUCAGGCAAUUUUUCCUGCUCUGGAACCACCCUCAAAAAAACGGUGCUGAUGCGGGCUACGGGCCGCGUCGCUCCUUCAAAAGACCGUACGAGGCCUUGUCGGCCCCUGGGAGACCAACGAAGGGCAAAGGCCGGGGUUCGCAGGCAGCCUCAAGGCAACCGUUGCGGGCGCAGCCUACUGGAAAUCAGGUGGCCGCCAACCUUGCAGACAGCAGCGAACAGGUCAUCAACGAAGAGGCGAAAGGCAUCGACAGCACGAUGGACGAUCCUGUUGCCAAGGCACUGAUGGAGCAGGUGGCUGCAGCAGAGGCUGCAGCUGCAGGCUGA